UCUCUCUCUAGAAAUCCAAACAUGACAAGUAUCAUCCGUUUCUCACUCACACCACUUCUUCCCUGGAAAAAACUCACCUUCACCUUCCCAUCAAAUCCUACCGUUACAGUCUUCCAUUCAAAUCAAACCCAUCUCCUCAUUUCAAUCCUCUCUCAUCAUCAUCGCAUCAUGAACAAUCCCGCCAAUUCAAGAUCAUUUUCUGCAACACAUCAGGUCCCCGAAGUGAGCCCAGACGAAAUGGACCGAAUUGCGGACCAAACAUUUCAAAGGUACUCGUCGUCUUCAAUGCCAAAAAGAAGUGGUAAAGGGGUUGCUAUUGUUUGGUUCAGGAAUGAUUUGAGAGUAUUGGACAAUGAGGCUUUGUUCAGGGCUUGGGUUUCUUCUGAGGAGGUUUUGCCAGUAUAUUGUGUUGAUCCUAGACUUUUUGGCACCACCCAUCACUUUGGCUUCCCUAAAACUGGAGCUUUGAGAGGGCAAUUUCUCAUAGAAUGUUUGGCUGACUUGAAAAAGAAUCUGAUGAAGCGGGACCUUAACUUACUCAUUAAACAUGGGAAACCUGAGGAUGUUCUUCCUUCCGUUGCAAAAGCUGUUGGAGCCCACACAGUGUAUGCUCACAAAGAAACUUGCAGCGAGGAGCUGAAUGUUGAGAGAUUGGUCAGCAAUGGUCUGCAACAAGUGGUGCUACCGUUAACUCCAGGGCCGUUGAUCCACACAAGUAGUACAAAUAGCACUAAACUACAACUGAUAUGGGGUAGUACUAUGUACCAUGUAGAUGACCUACCAUUCAGUAGUAGCUGUUUACCGGAUGUGUAUACUCAAUUUCGCAAGUCUGUUGAAUCUAAUUCUACAAUCCGAGGUUGCAUUAAGAUCCCAACGUCACUUGGUCCGCUGCCUAGCAUCGAGGACUGGGGAUGUGUUCCUACAGUUGAUCAACUUGCACUUCAUCAGGAAAAGGUGAACAAAGGAAUGAGGUUCAUGGGUGGGGAAAGUUCAGCACUGAGUAGAGUGAAUGAAUAUUUCUGGAAGAAGGAUUUACUGAAAAUCUACAAAGAAACCCGAAAUGGGAUGUUGGGACCUGAUUACUCAACAAAAUUCUCUCCUUGGCUUGCUUCAGGAAGCCUCUCUCCACGUUUCAUAUAUGAAGAGGUAAAGAGAUAUGAGAAGGAGAGGCAAUCAAAUAAUUCCACAUACUGGGUUUUGUUCGAACUGAUAUGGAGGGAUUACUUCAGGUUUCUAUCAAUUAAAUAUGGGAAUUCACUUUUCCAUCUAGGUGGCCCAAGAAAAGUCGAAUCUAAAUGGAGCCAAAACGAGAUUUUGUUUGAGUCUUGGAGAGAUGGUCGCACGGGGUACCCUCUCAUAGAUGCUAAUAUGAAAGAACUGUCGACCACUGGGUUCAUGUCAAAUCGAGGACGACAGAUUGUAUGUUCCUUUCUUGUUCGGGAUAUGGGAAUUGACUGGAGGAUGGGAGCUGAGUGGUUUGAAACUUGCCUUUUGGAUUAUGACCCGUGUUCCAAUUAUGGUAAUUGGACCUAUGGAGCAGGUGUUGGAAAUGACCCAAGGGAGGAUCGUUACUUCAGCAUUCCCAAGCAAGCUCAGAAUUAUGAUCCCGAAGGGGAAUACGUAGCGUACUGGUUGCCGGAGUUGAAAAAACUCCCGAAAGAUAAAAGGAACUUUCCUGGCAUGUCAUACAUGAAGCAAAUUGUACCUCUCAAAUAUGGAUGCACUAAAAAGAAUGGCAACAAAGAUACGACUUCGGCAGCAAGACGAACCAGCACUGGUGUGAAACAGAUGGAAUGGCACAAGAGAUAAGAGAACAAAGCUAUUCGAUUCCAUUUUCUGUUUGGAUAGGAAAUGGAAGGCAAAAGUAAACUGGAGAAUCCGAUUGAAAAGUUUUAUCCUUUCCGGUAUGGGGCAAAAAACAUAAAUUUUCAUGUAGUACAAGAUACAUCCAAGUUUGCAGAACAAAAAAAUUGCUGAUAAAAAUGAAUCUUUUUAUGUUGCUUGUGAAACCCCACCUGAAAACUUUUCCCCAUGUGUGCAUGUGUACUUGGUGGUGGAAUUAGUCCAUGGAAGUGCUAGAAUGAUUUUCCUUGUAGCUCAAAAUGAACUCUUAAUUGUAAAUGAUGAAAUAUCAAAAUUUUAGUUCUGUCUUCUCUUUGA